AUGGCAAUACAUCCUUCAAAAGGUACUGGUGGUUCUAAGCAGUCGAAUUCGGGAGCCAGGUUUCGACAACGGAAGAUUUCUGUGAAACAGCCGUUGACAAUAUAUAAACAAAGUGAUUUACCGACAUUAAAUGCAUCCAAUGACUUAGAGCCAUCACAGAUUCAUCAUUUGAAUCUGAAUGCCAACCAACAACAAAGAGAUAUACAUGCAAUAGAGACUGGUGUGGAUAAGAAUGAAGAAGAUGAAGUCCAUUUACAACAAGUAAUUAAUGCAGCGCAGAAAGUACUUUUGGGAUCUCAGAAUGAGGAUGGAGAUAAAAAGAAAGAUGAUAGUGAUAAGAAGACAGAUGCGCUGGUUUAUAUUCCAACUCCUGAUGCAUCUAGAAUUUGGACUGAUGCAUCUAAGUACUAUAACGACAAAUCAUUUAGAGAACCAGAAACAUAUAUAAAAUUCAGUGCUACCGUUGAAGACACCGUCGGUGUUGAAUUCAAUAUGGAUGAAAUAGACGAGGAAUUUUUGAAAAACAAGCUCUGGAAGAAUUAUCCUAAAGUAAAAUCACCGAAAGUAAAAUCAGAAAAACUAGAUGACACAAAUAAAGAAAACGAUAACGCUCGUAAGUGCUCAGAAGUAGAAUUCGAAAUCAUAUGUGAUAAGCUUGAAAAGAUAAUUGAAGAAAAGCAACCUUUUUUAUCUAUGGAUCCUUCGAACAUUUUAUCUUUCAAAGAAUUAUCAGCAUAUAUUAUAGAGGAAUUUAAUAAUUCAAACAAAGAUAAGCCGUAUGUUCAAUUAGGAUCAAAUUUGAAAUAUAUUUCGACCACGGCAUUGAAAGAAAAAUUAUCCAAGGAAUUAUCUUUCGAGCCAUUCGUUACAUUGUUUGAUAAGUCUCUAUUGGAUCAAACAUCAACAAAUAUCGUAAGACCGAUUCCGAAACUAUUGGAAUUAUUUGGGGAGCCAGUAUAUGAGCAUUGGAAAUAUAGAAAGAUCGAGCGUAAAGGAAAGCAAAUACAUCCAGCCCUUAAAUUUGAAGAUCCAAGUGCAAACGAAAAAGAUAAUGAUAAUGAUCCAUAUAUUUGUUUCCGUCGUCGUGAAUUCCGCCAAGCACGUAAAACGAGGAGGGCAGAUACACUAGGUGCCGAAAGAAUAAGACUAUUACAAAAAUCAAUGCAUAGAGCAAGAGAUUUGGUAAUGUCGGUCUGUCGCAGAGAACUAAUCAAAUUGGAAAAUUGGGAAACUGAUCAUGCAAUUUUCAAGUUGCGUAGUGACGCUAAGAAUUUGAAAAGAGUUGUUGGAGUUAAAGGUGAUGAUUUCCUUUUCUAUCCACACAAGAGGAAGAAGAUUAUUAAAGUCAAAGAAGAAGAUGAAGAUAAGGAAUCAUCGAAAAUUAAGCGUGAUAAAAGAUCCAGAUUCGAUUCAUCUCGUGAAGGAUCUGCUACAUCGAUGCCAGGCUCGGCUACUAUUGGUACAAAUGCAAUUAACAAAGAUAGAUUGGCUAACGGCCAAGUACAUCAUACACAAGAGGCUUCGUCAUCCUCUCAACCUUACGUUAAAUUGCCACCUUCAAAGAUUCCAGAUAUGGGAUUGGUUACCGUUUCUUUAGUAUUGAAAGAGAAAAACGAAACCAUCAAAAGGGCUGUAUUAGAAAAGUUACGGAAAAGAAAGGAACAAGAUAAGGAUUUCAUUAAUGUAACUGACGAUCCGUAUCAACCUUUUUUCAAUAUUGCAACAAAUACUAAAUUUAAGAAUAAUGAGCUAAAGCACAUUCCUUAUUCUUCUAUUGCUGCAACUAGCUUCCAUGAAAUUAAUACGACGAAUUACAUAAGUGAAAAAUUGAAAAAUUUGCUAGAAGAAGGAAAAAAACCUCUCCCCGGAACCAAAACUUUCAGGGGCUCAAAUGGUGAAUUGAUUCCGUCUAAGCCAUUUCCUCAUUUACUGGCUUUGAUUCAAGACCGUAUUGAUAAUAGUCAAUUCAAUUCGGUAAGUUACAUUGCACAAUUAUUAUCAAAUAUAGAAAACAAUAAUUUCAGCGCUUAUAAUAACGGUUAUGGUCAGCAACAACAACACCAGCAUCAAGAGACAAAUAGAGAUAAAACGAAACUCUCGGAUCCAAUUUUCAGAUUGAGAAAAAGAGUUGGUAGAUUCAAUAGAAACUUUGUUGAUAGAAGAGGCUUGAUGAAAAGACCAAAUGAUGUAAUUGACGACUUCUUAAAAUUCGAUGACGAAGGGGUCAAUGAUGAUUGUGAUCAAAUGGAUGUUGAUUCUGAACUGAUUUCAAAAAAUAAUGUUCCAAAUGUUUAUGACAGUAGGGUGGAUGAAAUUAAGAGAUUGGAUUCACGCUGGCAAUUUGAUAAUGACUUAACUGAAUAUGACAAAGGAUUACAAAGUCCGUUUAGUUUGGAUCCAUCUAGAUUGAAUUGUAUAAGUGAUGAUACUCAAUCAAUUAGGUUCGGUUCAAUGUUAUUGUCUAAAUCUUAUGAUUUGCUAAGAGAUUCUGUUCACCAAAGACAACAGGCUUUAGUGCAGCAAGCAAGAAUGAGGACGUUACAGCAACAACAAAGAAAUAAUAAACAGCAAGCUGCUGGUCAAAGUUCAGGAUCUAGUAGUGCAUCAUUAGGAUCCAAUACUAAUUCAAACUCAAGCAUUUCAGGACAAGCAGAUCAGGGACAGACUAACUUAACUAAUUCUGGUAUUACUAGGCAGGGUGGGGCUAACGUAAAUGGCAGCCAAACCUCAACUACAAAUAACACCAGAUCGAGUGUGUCAGGGGGUUCUAUGAACCCAAAAUUGCCAACUCAGAGUCUGCAAAGAUCUAAUACAAAUUCCCCAUUACUUGCUUCACAACCCCAAGGUUAUUCGCAACAACAAAAAUUUAACAAGAUUCCGCCAACAUCCCAAUCUCAAUCUCAAUCCCCAACCCACGCAGCUGGCCAAUUACAGACUUCAAAAAUGUACAAUAAACAUGGUAGUAAUAUUACUCCUUCAAAUUUAAAGGGCCCCAAAUUUACUCCGGCAAAUAAUAAUCAGAUUGGUGGAUCUUUACCUAAUCGUAAAUGA